CUUGGUUCGGACGCGGAUGUAAACAAACACGCGUCCCUCGGCAGUCGGGGUCCUUGCUCGGGGCUGACAGCGUGGAAUGAAGGACUGACUGAGGAAUUAAGGAUUUAAGGACUACCAGUAAGGAUUGAAGGACUACCAGCAAGGAUUUAAGGACUACCAGCAAGGAUUUAAGGACUACCAGCAAGGAUUUAAGGACUACCAGCAAGGAUUUAAGGACUGCCGGUAAGGAUUUAAGGACUACCAGCAAGGAUUUAAGGACUACCACCAAGGAUUUAAGGACUACCAUAAGGAUGCUGCGUCGACCAAGUCCCGGGGAGACCGACGAGGACCUCUUGAAGCAGGAGGAGGAGCUGGUGGCCCGGGGUAAGCUGCAGCCCUCCGUCAAGCUGGUCAAGGCGGACAAGCGCAAGACUGAGGACUCGGCCAACAAAGACACACCAAAGUCAAAAUUUGCGCAGGAUCGAACCAACAAGAAGAAGAAAGAGGGAAUUAAGGACCAAACCAUCUUGCAGGAGAGUAUCCGCAAUGUGCCUCGUGCUGCCGUGUUGGGCCGUGUGGUGGAGCGUACGACAGCCCUGCACCCUAGUCCGCCAACCCAGUGGAGCCCCCAGCCUAGCCCCCAUGGGUUCCCACAGCCUGCAAUACUCAAAUCCCUGACAAGUGAUGCAGGGGAAGGCUCGGAGGUGGCGGCAGGGAAGGGGCGGGUGAAGAAGUCUCUGUACAUGAGGGAGCUGGAGAGGCAGGGGCUGGCCGGCAAGGGGAGGACUGCUGCUGCUGCUGCUUCAUCGCCCUCUGCCGUGCCCCUUCACGACCCUAGCAUCGCCGCCCUGGGCACCAGCAGCGUCAUCAUCCGCGGCGACGAUGUGUUACGGAGCAAGUCGGAGGUGGAUGAGAUUCACCAGGAGAACCUCACCCGCCUGUCAUCCAUGAGCCACGAGGAACGGAUGAAGGAGAAGGAGGAACUUCUCUCCUGUCUCUCCGAGGAUCAGAUAGCCUUCCUCCGCUCCCUACGCUCAGGUGGAGGAAAGACAGCGAGGGGAGGGAGCGGAGUGGAGCAGGGGGUGGUGUCUAUGGAGGUGGAGGGAGAGAGAAGAGAAGAAGAGGGAAGAUUAAAAGAAGAAAAAGCAGAUCGCAAUAAUGACGUGGAGAUGAAAGAAGAAACAGAAGGAAGGGAGAGCCACUCAAUGCCACAGGAGGGCAAAACAGUGAGAUUCAAGGACAUGGACGAGGAAACCGAAACCAAAACAAAGGAGGAGAGCGAAGAAACCCCAAUGCCCGCAGAACUACCCAUAUCACCGGAGGAGGCUCGGAAAUGGCUGCACAUGGACAAGGUUGAACUGGAUAAACUCAAGUGGAUGACAGACAUGCCACCUCCCAAGCCCCUGAAGGACACUGAAGGAUUCGUGGCCAGGUUCAACUUCGAGGGGGACGUCCUACCAUACAGUGCCGACAUAUCCUACCGCCAGGGACUCCACCACCACGGGGAGGAGCCAGGGCGCCCGGGGUACUCACUGGACGAGAUCUUCCUGAUGGUGCGCUCCCAGGUCCUGCAGCAGCGCCACCAGGGUCUGCGCAUGCUGGCUAAUAUCUUCCGCAACGCCAAGGAGGGACUCUAUGACCAGUGCACCAGCCCUCCUUUAGUGCAGCUUGCGGUCGAGGCGGGUGCUGUGUUGCUGCUGCGGUUCGCCCUGGAUGACCCGUCGCACCUGGUGUACAGCGAGGCGGUGCGAGGGCUGCAUCACCUGGUAGCCAGUGAACCCGACGAGCUGUGUCUGUCCCUCGCGCAGCCGUGGACACCUGGAGGCCUGGAACCGGGCGUGGCCAGCGAGGUGCAUGCCAGCGAGAAGACGCGGCAGGAGUUGGACAAGGAGGAGCAGGACUUGAAGGACCACGAGGUUAUCAAGCUGGACGUGGUGCGCGCCCUCGUCAGGAUGGACACACUCGUUAGGAUCAGAUACCUUUUGGAGAAGAGUCAUCCGGGCGCAGAGACGGUCAUCCACGCGCUGGGCCUCCUCACCCGCCUGGCACGUCACUCCCUCUCAGCCGCGUGGAGUCUGGCCUCAACGCCGCGGCUUCUCACUGUGAUCCUCGACUCCUUCCUCCCCCAUAACGUGUCGCCACUGCUCUCCGGACAGACCGUUGCCUCCAUGACCUCCGUGUAUGGUGUUCCUCUGAGACACGCCCUUCAUCUCCUUAGGGUCCUGGCAGCCAAGGGUCGGCAGUUGGCAUCACAGCUGGUCAACACACACCAGCUGAUGGACCGCCUGCUGGUGUACGUGGCCAUGGAGCCGAGCGAGGUCAGUCUGCCCCUCCAGGAAGCCUUACUGCUCAGCCAGGAAGCGUAUGCCACCUGGGCCGUCCUCCUGGCGUACGGACUCUCCAAGCCGGUGGAGGCAGUGGCCAGCUUCUACCCGAUGUUCGUGAGGCAGCUGGUCUUCUACAGGGACAAGGUGCCACUCAACCAGGAGCAGGAGAACAAUAAAUUUAACUACGACGUUGGUGCGCACAUGUUGGCAACCCUGAGCCGGGCCGUGGAGGUGGCGGCCACACACUCGCUCCUUGAGGCUCGGGCGAGGCUCAACCAGGGCACGGUGGCUGAGGCUGACGGCAAGAUGUUGGUGCUACAGCCGCCCCCCCUCACCUGGACGCACCUGCAGGACCUCCCUCAGCUGGUGGAGACAUGUCUGGCUAAGUGGAUGUCCCAGCUGGCUCGUGGUGACUCCCAGCCAACAUUUUCCGGGCUGAGGCUCGUCGGCAGCUGCUGUCUCUUCCUGGUCACUUACUACACCAGGUGGAGAGACCAGACCUCGUACCACCACGAGGAAUGUCUCUCCAGGAUUGAACACCUGCACCACAGCAUCAUCUCUCCCUUCCUCGGCUCACCUGCCUUCACCAAGCUCCUGGGUGCCCUGCCUGCCCACUCCUCCCUCUGCAGCACCCUCCCCCCUGGCACCUCCCGGGACCCCAUCAACCUGGGCUCCCUGGGCUGCGUCACCUUGGGAGGGAAGGUUGUGCCCGUCAUCCAGCCCUUGUCACCCUUCCCAAUACUCACACCCCUCAGCAGCCUCCUCCUCACCCUCGCCACCCUUCACCCCGGCCUGAGACGCCCCACGCCAGACCCUUUCCUUGAGUCCACAGAGAUUGCUUCAUACCUUGAGAAGCUGUGUGUCUCUCCCCGCAGCCUCGCAUCUCAGUGGCUCACCCGCGCUGAGACUUACUUCCUCUGCAACAUGCUGCAGCUGGCCAGUGUGUCGGAGGGUGUGGGCAGUGUAAGGAAGGUGCUGUUCCACGAGGCUGCCCUUUGUGUCUUGCUGUGCGUCCACAAAGGAGAUGAGCAUCUGGUCAAGGCACUCCUCACCAAGGUCGUGUGUGCUCCAGAAUUCACCGGUGACCUUGCGGAGAUGACCCGAGGCCUGGACGACAUGAGCCUCACUGACUACGAGCCUCUCAAGUCCCCGGCCCUCCGCCAGCCUGCCCUCAACCCUUUCCAGAUGACGAGGAACGCCCUUCAGUCCCUCAGCUCCAUUGGGAGUGAGUUGUCUUCUGUCCUUGUCACCAGGAAGGAGCUAGAGGCAAGUGCUGUACUCACUGGUGGGGUUCCCUUCGCUACAAACAGCAUCACAGUCGCCCACUUGGAAACUCCUCUCAUCCUAGACCAGUUCUGGCCCCUCAUGCCCCUGAAGCAUGCCUUCAGGGCCAGACAAAAGCCUCUCAAAGGACAGGAGGAAGAGGAAAGCAACCAGUCCAAGCCCGAGGACGUCCUGACGGUCACGCGCUGCCUCCAGAUGGCCUACGUGGGGCUGAAGCACCGGCCACGCAUCCUGCUUCCCCCGGCCACCACCUCCCACCCAGCCUGGCUCCAGCACCUCUCCCUGGCCUUCCUGUCUGCCAGCGACCUCUUCCUUGACCCGGCCAUCAGCUCCUACCUCCAGGGGUGUGUCGUGGAGAUCCUGGGCAAGGGAGGGUAUGCCAAGAUGGACCUGCAGCGCCCCAUUGACUGCUUCUCCUCCACGGCUGGCUGGUACCGAGCCCUGGUGGACCAGUACAUGGCUGUCUCCUACGGUGACUCCACCUUCGCCCUGUUCCUGGUGACGCCCCUCCAGCAGCACUGCACCAAGGAGUUCCGCACCAGCCUGUGGGGGGACGCCAGCGACACCCUCCAGUUUGUGUACCUGACCCCGGAGCAGGUGAAGCGGUUCAUCCCCCUGGAGCAGUUCCUGGAGCCCCCUGAGGAGGACGAGGGGCUCAUCACCAGGUACCGCGCAGCCCUCGGCACGGGAACCAUCAGUGCGCGGAGGAACCCACUCAUGCACGCCAUCGCUGAGCACCACACGCGACGCUUCCUCCACCACAGCAAGGAGGAGAGAUGAGGCGCUGGACUCCUCCACUAAUACCCAUGACUUGAACCACUCCCUGCAGGCCAGGACUCAGGCCAGGACGAUGUUGCUGCUCCUUAGGUGUUGUCGUAAGGCUUCAGGCUUCUGGUCACCUGUGUUGUGUUGGUGGCGUGGUCACCAUCUCAGAGGCAGGCAGAUGGUGAAGCCUGCCGCUGUGUGAUCUGAGUGUCUCUUUUAUAUUGUUACGAAUGUGCUGUAUGUGAAUGAUUGUAUGUGUAAUGUGAUGAAAUUGUAGCAUGAUGCAAUGUUAGCUCAGC